AUAACAGCACCGUCAUCACUGACCGUAGAUUGUUGAUUGAGUAUUCUAGUAAUUUCGUUGCUUUAUUUUAUAUGUUGCGAUUUUAUUUGAAAAAGAGAAAAGAAAUGGAUUCAAUUUGAGUUAAAGAUCGAGUUAAAUUGAUCGAAUUUGAAGUAGCCGGCCCUGAAAGCAUACUUCCUCCCCUCUCCUUCAGAAUCAUGUUUUUCUACUCCGGUCUCACCGCUCUCCACUGCUCUCCAUUCGGUUGAGAUAAUUGUGAUCCUCCGGUUGCAUUGAAGGGAUUAUCACCUUAGUAUAUUUUUUUGGAUUAUUAGGAACUACAGCUUUUGAAAAAAAAUGGUCACCGGACGCGCAUUGCAUUUUGUAUUCAAGAUACCGGAUCUCAGAUUAACGGCGAAGUUUUACCGAGAGAUUCUCGGGAUGAAGGUGCUGAGGCACGAGGAAUUCGCGGACAAAUGCGAGGCCGCUUGUAACGGACCAUAUGCAAAUCGUUGGAGCAAGACGAUGAUAGGAUACGGUCCUGAAGACACACAUUUUGUGAUUGAAUUGACAUAUAACUAUGGGGUAAAAGAAUAUGAGAUUGGAAAUGAUUUUAAGGCUAUAACUAUACGAUCAAAAGAUGUGAUUGAAAGAGCACGUGCUAAUGGCUGGCCUAUGCAUGAGGAAAACGGAAAAUUUGUGAUGCAGGCACCUGGUGGAUACAAAUAUCACAUUGUUAAUGAGCAACCUCCUGCUAACAGUGAUCCAGUAGAUAAAGUUAUCUUAUCCAGUUCCAAUCUUGAACGUACUAUUGCCUACUGGAGAGAUAUUUUGGGAUUACAGAUAUUUGAUAGGAAAGAUAAAAGUGUGUUGAUGGGUUACAGUAAAGAUCAAGCCAAACUUGAGUUUGAAGAUAUUGGCACUGAAAUUAAUCACGCAAAGGCAUAUGGACGUAUUGCUUUCUCGGUACCAUUUUCGGAGCAGCCUGCAAUCCAAGAAGCUGUUAAACAGAGUGGAAAUAUAAUCUUAACUGAUCUAAUAACUUUAGACACACCGGGAAAAGCUUCCGUAAGAGUUAUCAUUCUUGCUGAUCCAGAUGGGCAUGAAAUCUGUUUUGUGGAUGAUGAAGGAUUUAGACAACUCUCAGUUCCAGAUUAUGCGAGUGAAGCAAUUCUAAAUAGAUAUAUUAAAAAAGAAGCGGCAGAUAAUGCGUGAAAAAUUACUUAUUCUAUUGAAGUAUUAUUUGAAAUUUAAUAAUAUUAAUCAUAGACAUUUAUGGUGUCGGAGUACUAACUUCAGUCAAGAUUAAUACUUAAUAAAAACAUCUAAACAAAAUAUAUAAAUAUGUGUGUUCAGAAUACAGAGAAUUUUUCUCAGUAACGACAGUACAGGAGAGAAAAGAUCGAGUAAGGGAAGAGGGGGCAUUUCCCCCAAGCCCAACGGAUUGUUGUGUUAUGUGCCCUUGCGUAAACACAUUCUUGACUUGUAUUGGCGACAAAGUGAUGCCAGAUACCUUUUCUCUCUCUCUCUGCGACACAAAUUGUUCGCUAUCUUUCUCUCAUUAUGCCCCUUCCUAGGGCGAUGAGAUCUCGCCUGGGCUGGGGCUCUCGAUUCCCUUUCCACGGACAAUAAUGCACAGUCAUCGUGGUACUGUGUCCCAAUUGGGACAGAAAUCCGUUGGAUGUUAGAAGAAGAACCUACAGUCAUCAGUGAGUGAACAUCGAAAAGGCAACGUUAUCCUAGAUUAGAUACGCAACAAAUACAGUCCAUUUCUGCAGUUGAAACUAUUUGUGCAAUUAACCGAACAAUGCGAUAAAAAAACGUUUUUAUUGUUUUGCAAAAAUAAAUUUUAUUUUUAUAAAAA